UUGGGAACCGAAACUCGGUUCCAAGUGAGAACCGAUAAGAAAAUGCCCGGUACCGGGUACCCAUACAAAAUACACAAUUUCGGUUCUGCUUAACGGUUCCUAAACGCGGUAGACUAACCCUUUAGAAAGCCUACAUAUCUGCACGGACGAAGGCUAAGGCUACGUAUCUAUCUGUAAGGACCUGUAGUAACGUGACGACGUCACGCAUCAACGGAACAGCAGCGUGUGAUUUGAUUUGUUUACAUACCCCAUGCUGCUUGCACGGCUCAGUCACUUCAUAACACCACACAGAUGGAUCGCGGUAAACGCUCGAAAGUGUGGCUCCACUACACACAGAAAGAGAAAGGCAAGGCACAAUGCAAUGCCUGUGGCAAGCUAAUAGCUUGUUCGUCAGGUUGCACUUCAAAUUUAAGUAAACAUUUGAGACAACACGGCAUCGAAAUUAAAGAAUGUACAGUCUUUAGUGGCUUGCGGUCUCCGAGCCCGAGUAUGGCAUCAAUAGCCAGCACGAGCAACCCGGACCCGCCGCUUGCAUGUCCAGAAGUGCCGGUUACAGCUCGCCGCGACACACCGUUCUCUUUGGCAAUAAAAGGAAAGCUGACCAAAGAAAAAACGGAGGAGUUUCACAGAGCAGUAACAGCAUUUGUAGUCAAAGGGCUACAUCCCUUCUCGGUUGUCGAAGCUCCGUCAUUUAGGUAGGCUAAGGUUAAAAAAAAGUGUGACGAGUAAAAGCCAGGUAGUAAAAGCCAGGUACUGUUAUAAAACUGUUGAAUCUUUUUUUGCAGGGAAAUGACCACGGCCCUAAAUCCCAAGUACACGCCUCCCUCCAGAGAUAGCUUGAGCAACGAAUUGAUUCCUGCCUGGUAUAAGGUGGAAAAAUCAAACGUUGUAUUUGAGCUAAGUGGUGUUAGCAAAGUUGCCAUAACCAGCGACGGCUGGACAAGCAUUUCUCAAGACCAUUACCUUACAGUGACAGCUCACUACAUCAUUGAGGGAAAGAUGAGACAAAAAGUGCUCAGAACAAAAGCCAUCUACACAGCCCAAACAGGACAAGUGGUGGCUGAAGAAAUUGGAGAAAUUCUGCAAGAAUUUGGCAUUAUGAAUAAAAUAGCGGCUGUCACUGUUGAUAAUGCAGCGAACAUGGAUGUGGCCAUCAAAAGGCUAAAUUUCAUAAAGCUAGGCUGUUUUGCACACACACUUAAUCUUGGGGCACAAAGUGUCUAUUCUCUGGCAUCGGUGACAAAAUGGACAGCAAAGAUCAGGGGUGUUGUCGUCUGGAUGAAGCGUUCAUCCAUGGGAAAGACUGUGCUCCGGGAAAAGCAACAACUCCUAAAUCUGCCAAAACACUCUCUAAUUCUUGAUGUGAGAACUCGUUGGAAUUCCCUCUACAUGAUGUUGGAACGAUUCAUUGAGCAAUAUCCUGCCAUUCAAGCAGCCAGCCUCGAUCAGCGUCUGAGAAAGCCAAUGGAGAGGGACCGACUUGCUCGACUGACAGAGGAUGAUUUUAGAAGGGCAGAGGAAUUCAUCCAUCUGAUGAAAGUGUUAUACACAUCCACACUCUGUGUUUCCUCUGAAAAGAGCCCCACUUGCGGUCAGAUCCUUCCAAUUCUACGAAAGCUUGAGAAGCAUUUCAGUGUUGAAGAGGGAGACACAGUGUUGGGGUCCAGCCUGAAGCAGGCUGUCUGGGGAAACCUUUCUAAGCGGUACCAAACUGAUGGCAUCAGAACGUUUCUUGAAGAGGCCACUGCAUUAGACCCUCGUUUCAAAAACCAUGUGGAGGACAGCACUGUCUGGGACCGGAUCAAGGAGAAGGUGAUGGUAGGAAAGCUUACUGAGUCUGAACAGCCAACAGAACAGGACCGUGGUGAAGAAGAUGGUGUAACACAGCAGCAGUCUCUCACUCAAAGAGAGAAUGAGGAGGAAGAAGAUGGAGAGGAGAGUGAGGAAGAGCAGGAGCAGCCACCUCCCUGCAGCAGCAAGAGGGCUAAAAUGACUCCGCUUGAGGAGCUUUUUGCAGCUGAAGACAGCCUGAAGAUAAAGAACUUAUCAACCAGCACCAUGUCCACCCAGCUCCAGACUGACAGAGAGCUGAAGAUGUACCAAGACAUGCCACCAACAAUGACAUCUGAUGACCCUGCUGCCUGGUGGUGGAACAAAAGAACCACUUAUCCUUUGCUCUCAGAGGUGGCCCUUUCAUAUUUGUGUGUGCAGGCUUCCUCAACCCCUAGUGAGAGGGUUUUCUCCACUGCUGGAGAUACAAUUUGCCCAGAAAGAUCACGCAUACUACCAGAAAAGGCUGAUAUGCUGAUUUUUCUCAACAAGAACUGUUGAGUUAGCCAGGUGUUGUGCACUCAAUGCACUUUAGUUCAACCAUUUGGCCCUUGUUAUUGUUGCUCGAACUGACUUUUUCUUUUUUCUCAAACAGGAGGACUUAUAUGACUUAUGUGUUAUGUAUGUCUGUAGGUUUCCUGCUGCUACCUCAGUUGAUAUAAAGCACAGCUAUUGUGUAUUUUAUUUAUUUAUAAAAAUGUCAGUACCUUAAAGCUUGAAAGAAUAAAGAUAUUUUUGUUAUCUAAACAUUUGACCUCUUUCUUUUACAAUUUUGGAAUCGAAACGGGGAAUCGAUAAGAACCGGAAUCGAUAAGCAGAACCGGAAUCGGAAUCGGAAUCGAUAAAUUUCAAACGAUACCCA